GCUUGACAUCGAUUGUACCCGAGCUGCUGAACUCGUGACGCCGCGCUGUCAAAUACAGGAAGUUAAGAAUGUGAAGUAUAAUGCGGCAUCUCCUCUCAUUGAUCUCAUUUCCUCAUUUUUUAUUUUUGUUUACGCAACCUACAGCCACAAGUACCUGCCCUUGCUGGGUGUAUGCUUUGUAAGGCACACGGCAUGCUAACCAAACUGCCUUUGGAACAAAGGAAAUCCAGACACAAGUUACACUAAUGCUAAUGAUCAGUCCCAGGAUGGCCUCAGGAAUGCAAGAGAAACAGUACACACCAUCUCUGCUCAGUUUUUUCAUUUACAACCCGACAUUUGGACCCCGAGAAGGAGAGGAAGAGAAGAAGAUUUUGUUUUACCACCCAAGUGAUGUGGAGAAGAAUGAGAAGAUCCGAAAUGUUGGCCUUUGUGAAGCCAUUGUACAGUUCACCAGGACGUUCUGUCCAACAAAACCAGCCAAGUCCCUGCACACACAGAAGAACCGGCAGUUUUUCUUCGAGCCCGAGGACAAUUUCUGGAUAGUCAUGGUGGUUCGAAACCCAAUGAUUGAGAAACCAAACAAAGAUGGUAAACCUCCCACAGUAGAAUAUCAGGAAGAGGAAAUACUUGACACUGUUUAUGGUGCAGUGGUGAGGCAGUGCUACAGUAUGUACAAGCUCUUCAACGGCACGUUUGGCAGAGCGGUGGAAGCCGGCGGAGUGGAGCUGCUCAUUCAGAAGCUUGAGAAGUUCUUCUACAGGUAUCUGCAGACUCUCCAUCUUCAAUCCUGCGACCUGCUGGACGUGUUUGGAGGCAUCAGCUUCUUCCCACUGGACAAGAUGACCUACCUUAAGAUCCAGUCGUUCGUCAACAGAGUGGAGGAGAGCCUCAGUCUGAUCAAAUACACAGCCUUCCUGUAUAACGACCAGCUCAUCUGGAGCGGACUGGAGCAAGAUGACAUGAGGAUCCUCUAUAAGUACCUGACCACUUCGCUGUUCCCCAGGCACUCCGAACCAGAGCUGGCUGGCAGGGACUCUCCUCUGAGGCCAGAGGUCGCAGGGAACCUGUUGCACUAUGGGAGGUUUCUUACAGGACCCACCAAUCUUAAAGACCCUGAGGCCAAAUUCAGAUUUCCAAAAAUAUUUGUCAGCGCAGAAGAUGGCUAUGAGGAGCUACACCUGAUUGUUUAUAAGGCGAUGAGCGCUGCAGCGUGUUUUAUGAUCAGUGCCUCUGUGGAGCUGACGAGGGACUUCUGUGAACAGCUGGACAGCUUGGUGGGCCCUCAGCUCACUUUGUUGGCAUCAGACAUCUGUGAACAGUUCACCAUUAACCGCAGGAUAUCAGGGCCUGAGAAGGAGCCGCAGUUUAAGUUCAUCUACUUCAACCACAUGAAUCUGGCGGAGAAGAGCACCAUCCACAUGAGGAAGACUGCCAGUGUUUGCCUCACCUCUGUCCACCCCGACCUCAUGAAGAUCCUGGGAGACAUCAACUGUGACUUCGCCAGGGUGGAUGAAGAUGAAGAAAUCAUUGUGAAAGCUAUGACAGAUUACUGGGUAGUUGGUAAGAAGUCAGACCAGAGAGAACUGUACGUGAUCCUGAAUCAGAAGAACGCCAAUCUGAUCGAAGUAAAUGAGGAAGUCAAGAGGCUUUGUGCAACUCAAUUCAACAACAUUUUCUUCUUGGACUGAUGCAGCAAACAGGCAGAGACUGUUCAACCACACUAAAAACUGUCAGCGUUGCAGGGUAUCAUGACAGCAUCAACGUAAUGCAAUAAUUGCAUUGUAAAAUAAGAAAAAAAUAAAAAAGCUCUCUCACUAAGUUUUUAUUUUAUUUUAUUUAACCUAUAAAAAUUGUAAUUUUCUCUUGUAAUUACAUGUAAAUCCAGAUUUUUACUGUACAUGUACUUUAUUUUCUGUCUUUCUUUGUACAUACUUCCAGGGUUUUGUUAACUGGACAUAUUGAUUUGUUUCAAAUUCCAACUUGUUCAUGUUGUUUUUGUUUUUCUUGUUUUUUUUUUUAAAUGACCACAUCAUGACAGUGUCUGAAAUUAAUUUAAAAAGUGAUAUGCACAGAACAGUUUACUCCAGGUUCCUUUGAUGAUCAGUGAUAGUUUUAAAAUAAGAUGUCAUUAUGUCAAAACUAUUGUGGUUUGUAAACAACUACGCUAACUUUCAAUAAAUUAAGAAGUCAU